AUGUCCCCCUCCAAGGCCUCAACGUCCUCCUCCCCCUCCGCCCCCUCCACAAUCAUACUCACCAACCCCUCCAUCCCCCUGGACUCCCUCAUCCUCGUAACAGGCUGCAACGGCCUCAUAGCCUCUCACGUAGCCGACCAACUUCUCACAGCUGGCUACCGCGUCCGUGGCACCGUCCGAUCCGCCUCCAAAAAUUCCUACCUCUCAGACCUCUACUCUUCCCGCCACGGCGACCCCAACAAAUUCGAAUUGCACGAAAUGCCAGACGUCACGGCCCCUGGUGCCUGGGAUCGCGCCUUGGCAGGAGUAGCAGGUAUCAUCCACUGCGUAGGCGCAACGGAUAUGACCACGCAAGACGCCGAUGGCGCCGCCAAGCAAGAGCUAGAAUGGCAGAUUGCUCUGCUAGAGGCUGCUCGCCGAGCAGGGACCGUCAAGAGUUUCGUCUUCACCAGCUCAGCGUGGGCUGUCUGGACGCCUGAUUCCUCGCGUCAAGUCACCCUGACAGAGAAAAGUUGGAACGAGGAAGCCAUCGCCCUGGCGAGAAAAACGGGUGUGGACCCGAAAGAGAAGGGAAUGGCGGGGUUUAUGGCGCUCAAGACGCUUGUUGAGCAAGGCGUUUGGAAGUGGGUUGAGCGCGAGAAUCCCGAGUUUGGAUUUAAUACUGUUUUGCUGGAUACCGUUCUCGGCGAGUGUCUUGAUCCGGUGCACCAGGGGAUUCCGAGCACACCUGGUAUGGUAUACUGGAUUUGGGAGAAUAAGCAUAUGGGUAUUAUCGACUUGAUGGAACCGCAGUGGUUUGUGAAUUGCGUGGAUAUGGCCAAGGUGUAUGUUGCUGCGCUGACGUCGUCGGACCCGAAAGUGGAUAGGGAGCGGUUGUUUGCUUUUGGAGGGCGGUAUAGCUUUAAGGAGGUGGCGCGGUUGUUGGGGGAGAUUUAUCCGGAGAGACUGAGGGAGGGGAAGUUGGGGAUACCGAAUAAGGAAGGGUGGGAUCAGACAGAGGUGCCGAAUCAGAGGGCCGAGGAGCUAUUGAAGAGUGUUGGCCAGAAGCAGGGGUGGACGAGUCUGGAGGAGAGCGUGAGGGCGAAUGCGGAGAGUAUUUUGGUUUUGGAGAGGGAGGGUAAGGGUAAGGAUGUGCCGAAGAGUAAGUAUGACGAGCUGGAUUAG